AACCAAGUAUGGGUGGUAUCAGUAACAUUAACAACAUUAGAGGUCCUUCUAAGGUACAUGCUCGUCGUGCUGCCAAGAAUAUCAAAAAGAAUAACCGUCGUGUGGUUCCUUCUGUCACUACAAAGCGAGUUGUGACCAAAAAGAAGCAAAAACAAUUAGAGAGAGCCAUCAAGAACGAAAAGAAGAUGUUGGCUUCUAAAGGUUUGAUUGAAUUAGAAGAGGAAAUGAAGGAUGUUGCUCUUCCCAACCCUCUUAGACAAAGAGUGAUGAAUGCUUGUAUGCCUUCUGAUGAAGUUUUGGCUGCUGCUGCUGCUGGACCUGGUACUAUCCUCGGUGGUCCUCAAUAAGCAAACCCUUUAUUUUCAGCAUAUAUAUGAUUCAUUUUAUACACGCACGCAUAUACAGACUUUCAUUUAUUUAACUAUGUAAAUACACAAAAUAAUAAACACUGAUUUUACCGGAAAAAAAAUGUGAUAUUUCCCGGUUAUUCAUUCUAA